AUGGAGAAGUUCUCGCAAUUUCGUGACAAAGGGUCCGGCAUCGCUCCAUUCCUCACUAUACCGACCGAACCUUCGGGGAUCGCCCUACCAUUUCACGCCUUCCUGUUCAUUUGCCGUGUACCACUACUCGCCUUCUUUGCGCUGUCUUACUUCCUCGUCCUGCAAUGGAUGCCAAUAGGUGUAUUGGGUAGAAAAGCGUCGUUAUGGUGCAUACUAGGCAUACCGGGAAUAUGGUGGAUAGAUUUGCAAAUCGAUGGUGUGAAGAAAGGGUCCCUGGCAAAGAAUAGUGCCAGAAUACCUCAGGCUGGCUCAGUCAUCGCAUCUUCAUGCGCUUCUCCCAUCGAUCCUCUGUACCUGGCGGCCAUAUUCGACCCGAUCUUCGCAGCGACCUACCCGAAUACUCGAAUGGUCGAACCCAUAUCUUUGUUCUCUGCAGUCUGUCGAGCGUUCCGUCAUCCAAGGCUCAGUCCCCCUGAGCGUGCGAAACUGGUGGACAUUGACACGCUGCUCAAACGCCAUCCGGAUCGCAUCUUGGUGAUCUUCCCCGAAUGCACCACGUCGAAUGGGAGGGGAAUAUUACCCAUGAGUCCGAGUCUCCUCACCACCCCACCACGAACCAAAGUGUUUGCCGUCAGCCUGAGAUAUACGGCUGCGGAUGUCACGACGCCAAUACCUCACUCCUAUAUUUCAUUCCUGUGGAAUCUCUGCAGUAAACCGAGUCAUUGUAUACGCAUUCGCAUCGCAGAGGCCGUGUAUAACACUUCAAAGAGGACGUCAGAACCACCAGUCGCAAAGACUUCCACCUAUACCACCAAUUAUCUGGACACCCUUGCCUCAGACAGCGCGGCAAGUGAUGCAGACACGCUUGUUGGCAGUGAAGAUCUCGAGGGUCCUAUUAGUAAAGAGGAAAGAGCAUUCCUGGACAGGAUCGCAGAGGCGUUAGCUAGACUGGGACGCAUCAAGCGAGUGGGAUUAGGAGUCAAGGACAAGAUCGAUUUCAUCGCGAUGUGGACGAAGUCGCGGAAAAGGCGAUCGUUAUGA